UGGGAGGAUGUAGUGUUCACAUCCUGCUCAAACACGGAGUUGUGUCGAGCUGCUGAACUAACGCACACCUGUGUGUUAGUUUUCUCACAGGUGGAGUCUCUCGGUUGAAAAUGUUGACGGACAUGAUUCUGGAGGAAGAGUUUGAGAGAAAUGGAGAGUCUUGGUACGAACCGCAGGACCUUGAACACGAUCUCCAUUUGGCAGCAGAGCUGGGGAAAACGCUCUUGGAUAGGAACCAUGAGCUGGAACAGGCUCUGCAGGAGAUGUACUCCACCAACCAGGAGCAGCUGCAGGAGAUAGAGUACCUGACCAAACAGGUUGAUCUGCUGCGACAGAUGAAUGACCAGCACGCCAAAGUGUACGAGCAGCUCGACUCAACUGCCAGAGACCUGGAACAAAGCAACCAGAGACUGGUGCAGGAUAACCGGCUGGCCCAGCAGAAGAUCCACAGCCUGACAGAGGCAGUUGAGGGGCUUCAGACCUACAUGGAGGACCUGCAGACCCAGGUGGAGGAGCUGAAGACAGCCGAGGCCGAGCGAAAGAAGAGGGAGAUGGCAGAGCAAAAGAAACGAGAGGCUCAAGAGCAGCGACGCAGCCUCGGAGCACAGAGCGUGUCCUGUCUCAAAGAGCUGUAUGACCUACACAAUGACAGACUCUGGUCACCUCAGGACUCUCUAUACAACCAAGACAGACGUAAAGACCCUGAAGAGGAGAACACGGCCCUCCAGCGCUCCAUCCGGACCCUUCAGAGCCAGAUAGCCAUGGAGCGGAGCCGCAGGGAGGCUGUGGAGCUUGAAUGCGAGCUGACGGUGAGGGAAAACAGAGAACUGGAGCAGCGGCUGGCUGAGCUAUCUGACUGUCAGGCCAGACAGAGAGAGCUGGAGGACGAGGUGGAGCAGCUGAGACUUCUGUGGCGGGCUGACUGCGCCAGCAGAGGACCAGAGCAGCUGCUUUUCCCUGAUACAGUCUUCUUCGCCUCUGAAGACAGACCCAGAUCAUGGCAGGAGGAGAUGGAGGAGAUUGAAGAAAAGAAUGAGGAGCAGAGAAGGCACAGCAGACAAAGGUGCAACAGCGACGGCUUUCUGAGAGUUAAAAACCCAGAGGAGAACAGUCAUGAGCAACUGUGUAUACGGCGAACAGAGGCGGUGAAACAGAGGGGAAUCUCUCUGCUGAACGAGGUGGAUGCACAGUACAGCGCUCUGCAGGUGAAAUAUGAAGAGCUGCUGCGGAGAUGCCAACAUACAGAUGAUCUCAGCCACAAAGCUGUCCAGACGUCCACCAGCCCCUUAGUGAGCAGUCGAAAUCGAAGCCACCUGUCCAGUUCUUCUGCCAUGUGUGAAGUGACUCUGGUUCUGGAGGACAGCCAGCAGCCCGAGUACAAAGCUCUCUUCAACGAGAUCUUCACCUGCAUCAAAAAGACCAAAGAGGACCUCAGCAACAACAGACGUCCAAUAAAGAACGGUGGCACCCUGGGCACUGUCAAGUAACCUGUUUGUUCGGCAUCCUGGGACUUAAUAUGUUUUGGCAUUGAAGGCACUUGGAAGCUUCUCUUUGAAAAUACCCAGAGGAUAAAAGCACCAUCAGUCCCUGAAUGUCUUACGCUGCAGCACCAGAACACAUUUCACAGGUGGUAGGGACAUGUCAUUCAACUCUGCUCUGUUCUCUUCACUCAAAAUUGAGAAAUCUGUAUGGGUGGUUUUGAUGCAGUGAGAGGGAACAGCUCUAGGGGGGCCUGGACCCCAGGAUUAUAAUCAGCUGUCUAGAAUCCUUUUAUAAGCACUAUUCGCACGGGAUUAGGAUUACCUGUGGCCCUCUGCGUGUGCUAAAAUAUGGUCUGUAAUUUGCCCUGGAACUUUUAUGCCGCAAAUUACAGGCAUGGUCGAUUCGCACAGCAUUAUAAACACAGACAUUGUGUGCAGUUAUCACAAAUUACCAGAGGUCCCGUGGUAAUACUAAUCCCAUUUGAAUAGGGCUGUAGUAUUCCUCUGUCACUCCCCUCACUCAAAUUUUCAGCCAUUGUCUUUGUCCCCUGCUCAACUUUUGAGACAUUUUCAGCCCUCACUUUUUCAGUACGGAGGCUAAAGAUGCAAAAACGAAAAGAUUUUUUUCCACAUCUAACCUCUACCGUGUAUUGUAGAGGAUCACAUUGCAAUUUGUCAAUCACAUGUCUUAAAAAUGACAAGAUCAUUUGAAAUGAGCUGACGUCUCGUCCAGUCCUUAAAGUUUAUACACACAAGCACUGCACCUGGUCAACAUUGAUAUGUUUUUAAAAAAUUAACCUUGUUUGGGUCUGUUUUUUGUUAAUAUGACUCCUCAAUCGAAAACAACUAACUGAGCUCGGUGACAUGUCUCAACCACAGAAAUACUUUGCAAAGUCUGAGUGAUGUAUUUUAUUUGUCGUUCCUGCUGUCUUGAAGCUGGCCUGAGGCAGCCAGCAUAUUUAAAACGCUGUCCUAGACUAACUUUGAGUGAACCUAGAAACAGACAAAGAGGUGGAGCAGAGGUUGAUCUAAAGCUUUUUAAGCACAACAACAAUCUAGUCGUAUCAUCCGCAGCUCUAUUUAUUCAGAUCUGGUAUCCUUAAAAUCAAAACAGAUGAGUUGUUAGAGUUGUUACACUCCUGUGCAUUGUGUGCCCAUGGAGACGAGAACUAUUCCAACCUAAAUUGUUUUUGCACCAGGCUUUAAAAAUUUUUAUUUCUGCUGUAAAGACAGGCAAUUUAACACAGGGUUUGCAUUUGAUUCCCAGUGCUUCUGCAACCAGUUGGAGGGUACCAUUUGGUCUCUUUCACCUUUGAAAUGAGUAGUGGGGCUCCAGCAUUAGACAUGAUAAAGUCAUUUUUGACAAUCCUAUGUUUUUCAUAGUCAACACUGUUUUUUUUUAGUCCACCCUCCUCAUCAAAAGUGUUAAAAUGCUCAGUCAGCAGCUACAUUAUCUGAAAUAACAAUGUACUUUAAAGUUAUUGAUAAGAGCGAUCCAUCAGGGUACUUUGCUCAAAUAUUGCCAGCUCCAUCCAUUAUGGGUGAAAAUAUUCCUUUAAAAUGAAUGGUGGUAAAUGAUAAAGAGAAGAGAUGUUAUAAACUGAUGUCACAGUGUGAUCCCUGGCUUCAACUCCAUGGGAAGACAUCAGUCCCAUGUGUGACCACUUUCCUACCCCCAUAGUUUCAUCCAAAGCCAUGGAGCUCCUUUAUUCUCCUUGGUCAUUUAAGAAUAAAAACCAUAUCAUAAAUAAUGGUUUUUGAAUUGUUUGAAGCACAAAACAGGAUGCAAAACUUUUUCAACCAUCAGUUUUUUCAAUGUGGAGGCUAAAGAAGCAUAAACAAUAUUUUUUUUUCCACUUCUGUGAAUUUUUGUAAAUCAUGUUAAAGUUGGUCAAUCAUGUUUUAAAAACAAGAUCAUCCAGUUGUGCUGAUGCUUUCCUGGUCUUAAAGUCAACACUGGUCCAGCAUCGGACCACUUCUAGUUUCAGCCCUGAACAACAGAGCUCUUCUUUAAGACUCUUUCACUAUUAAUACUGCUGUUUUCUGACCUGCCACCAUUCAAUCUCUAGGCUUAUUUUCACCCAAAUGAAGGCACAGUCACCCCAGAGAGCAAGAAGUUACAUAGGAUUGCUCACAUCAAUACAGCAAAUUCACAGGAGUUUAUGUAUAUGUAAAUGAGAUAUUAAGCUUAUUUAUUUUGUCCUUAAAUAUACUUGCAGAUUCUUGACUGUUGAAAAGUACAUUUCAGCGUGUGGCUUGGUCUCUAAAUCCUAAAGUGUUACUCCAAGAGUAUUCAGUGUUUAUGCAACAUUAAUCCUGUAACCACUUGAUUGUUAGGUGCUUAAAAGCGAGAAAUGCACAUGCUGCAUUCAGUAAAGUUGUUGUUAUGUAUGACUUAUGUCGCAAAUGUUGUAAUGUUGUAAUAGGAUGAGAAAUGCAGCGACUAAAGAGUUUAUGAGAAUUAGCUGAAGUUGGUUUGUGUAAGUUGGAAAUGUUGGGAGUCAUUGGCAUGUCAGGGGAGGAAUAUUCGUUGGAGAAGGAAAAUGUUCUUUAAAAAGUCUUUUGAUUGUUAUUUAUGUUCAGCUUCUGAUAAGUGUCCAUAUGCCAGUUUGACACGAAAUAUACCUGCACUUUUUAUAGAUAAAUCACAUUUCCUGUUCUAUUUAUUUUUGGAAAAGUUUAGAGAAUAUUAAAUUAUAUUUAUUGUCUUUGAUGCUUAAUAUUUACAACGUUUUUGGUAAAGUUUCUGACACAGGUGAUUAAAAAACAGCUAAAGCACAAAAGAAAUGUUCCCUCCUUGUAUAAUAAGAGUUUUCUCAUUUAAAAUGUACCAUAUCACUU